AUGGCCCCUGUGCCCAGCGCUGACCGUGCUGACUCCGUUCCUGACUGCUGCUGCCUGUCCCUCCUGUCUUCUGGCCCAGAGGCUUCCAGCGUUGGUCUCCCUUUGGGGGUGUUCGGCUGGACAAUAGAUGUGCUAGCAGGAAGCCUCCCCCAGGACAGUGUCUCACUGAGUGACAGCAGGUCCUGCCAGUGGCUGUGCGACAGACAGACCCACGGACAGUGCAGUGGCCAGUGGCGCUGUGUCCUGGCCUCGAGGGCGCCCACACCCCGUCGCCACGCCCUCCCCCGCGUGUGCACCCCGGGACCCCGUCCCUCACGCCCUCCCCCGCGUGUGCACCCCGGGACCCCGUCCCUCACGCCCUCCCCCGCGUGCGCACCCCGGGACCCACCCUCACGCCCUCCCCCGCGUGCGCACCCCGGGACCCCGACCCUCACGCCCUCCCCCGCGUGCGCACCCCGGGACCCCGACCCUCACGCCCUCCCCCGCGUGUGCACCCCGGGACCCCGUCCCUCACGCCCUCCCCAGCGUGUGCACCCCGGGACCCCGUCCCUCACGCCCUCCCCCGCGUGUGCACCCCGGGACCCGAACACGCCCUCCCCCGCGUGUGCACCCCGGGACCCCGUCCCUCACGCCCUCCCCCGCGUGCGCACCCCGGGACCCACCCUCACGCCCUCCCCCGCGUGUGCACCCCGGGACCCGAACACGCCCUCCCCCGCGUGUGCACCCCGGGACCCCGACCCUCACGCCCUCCCCCGCGUGCGCACCCCGGGACCCCGACCCUCACGCCCUCCCCCGCGUGCGCACCCCGGGACCCCGACCCUCACGCCCUCCCCCGCGUGUGCACCCCGGGACCCCGACCCUCACGCCCUCCCCCGCGUGUGCACCCCGGGACCCCAACCCUCACGCCCUCCCCUGCGUGUGCACCCCGGGACCCGACCCUCACGCCCUCCCCCGCGUGUGCACCCCGGGACCCGAACACGCCCUCCCCAGCGUGUGCACCCCGGGACCCCGACCCUCACGCCCUCCCCCGCGUGUGCGCCCCGGGACCCCGACCCUCACGCCCUCCCCCGCGUGUGCGCCCCGGGACCCCGUCCCUCACGCCCUCCCCCGCGUGUGCACCGGGACCCGACCCUCACGCCCUCCCCCGCGUGCGCACCCCGGGACCCCGUCCCUCACGCCCUCCCCCGCGUGUGCACCCCGGGACCCGACCCUCACGCCCUCCCCCGCGUGUGCACCCCGGGACCCGAACACGCCCUCCCCCGCGUGUGCACCCCGGGACCCCGACCCUCACGCCCUCCCCCGCGUGUGCACCGGGACCCCGUCCCUCACGCCCUCCCCCGCGUGUGCACCCCGGGACCCCGUCCCUCACGCCCUCCCCCGCGUGUGCACCGGGACCCGACCCUCACGCCCUCCCCCGCGUGCGCACCCCGGGACCCCGACCCUCACGCCCUCCCCCGCGUGUGCACCCCGGGACCCCGACCCUCACGCCCUCCACUGCGUGUGCACCCCGGGACCCGACCCUCACGCCCUCCCCCGCGUGUGCGCCCCGGGACCCGAACACGCCCUCCCCCGCGUGUGCGCCCCGGGACCCCGACCCUCACGCCCUCCCCCGCGUGUGCGCCCCGGGACCCGACCCUCACGCCCUCCCCCGCGUGCGCACCCCGGGACCCCGUCCCUCACGCCCUCCCCCGCGUGUGCACCCCGGGACCCGACCCUCACGCCCUCCCCCGCGUGUGCACCCCGGGACCCGAACACGCCCUCCCCCGCGUGUGCACCCCGGGACCCCGACCCUCACGCCCUCCCCCGCGUGUGCACCGGGACCCCGUCCCUCACGCCCUCCCCCGCGUGUGCACCCCGGGACCCCGUCCCUCACGCCCUCCCCCGCGUGUGCACCGGGACCCGACCCUCACGCCCUCCCCCGCGUGCGCACCCCGGGACCCCGCCCCCCCCCCGCUGCGCCCCACGUGCGCCCCGCCCCCUCCGGCGCAUGCGCAGUGGCGGCCGUCCGAGCGCGGGCCUGGCGGCGGGCGGGGGGAGGGGCGGGGGGAGGGGCGGGAGCCGAAGGCGCGAAAAGCCGCGCAGGCGCAGCCGCCCACGUCACCGCGUCGCGACGUCACGCCGCCGACGCUGGGUCCAGGGUGA